GGAUCCGAACCUAGGUUAUACGGCAUCAAGUGCGCCAAAUGCAACAUUGGGUUCAGCAAGAACGACUUCGUGAUGCGCGCCCGCUCCAAAGUCUACCACAUCGAGUGCUUUCGCUGCGUGGCCUGCAGCCGCCAGCUGAUUCCCGGGGACGAGUUCGCGCUGCGGGAGGACGGCCUCUUUUGCCGAGCGGACCACGACGUGGUGGAAAGAGCCAGCCUCGGCGCCGGAGACCCCCUCAGCCCCUUGCACCCCGCCAGGCCGCUCCAGAUGGCAGCAGAACCUAUCUCUGCCAGGCAGCCGGCUCUCCGGCCCCACGUCCAUAAGCAGCCGGAAAAAACGACCCGUGUCCGGACUGUCCUUAACGAAAAGCAGCUCCACACUUUGAGGACCUGUUACGCCGCCAAUCCCCGGCCGGACGCCCUCAUGAAGGAACAGCUGGUGGAAAUGACCGGUCUCAGCCCCAGAGUGAUCCGAGUCUGGUUUCAAAAUAAGCGUUGCAAGGAUAAGAAACGGAGCAUCAUGAUGAAGCAGCUGCAGCAGCAGCAGCCCAACGACAAGACGAACAUCCAGGGGAUGACGGGCACCCCCAUGGUGGCAGCCAGUCCAGAGAGACAUGACGGUGGCUUGCAGGUGAAUCCGGUGGAGGUGCAGAGUUACCAGCCGCCCUGGAAAGUCCUCAGCGAUUUCGCCUUGCAGAGUGACAUAGAUCAACCGGCUUUUCAACAACUCGUUAAUUUUUCAGAAGGAGGCCCAGGUUCCAAUUCCACUGGAAGUGAGGUAGCAUCAAUGUCCUCCCAACUCCCGGAUACACCUAACAGCAUGGUAGCCAGUCCAAUUGAGGCAUGAGGAACUUCCUUUCGCUGUUGUGGGCAUUGAAACCUUUCGCCCCCUGCUGGAGAGAGUGGGAAAGCUGUCACGUUUGGGGACUCAAGACAAAAAUGUAGAAAAAGGAAGGAAGGAAGGAAAAACAAAAAGUAUUUAAGACAACUUUGUUCAUGAACCUAAAGCCAAGAAAACUCGGUGAACUGUCUGGGGAGCCUUGUUCAGUUUUUGUUUGUUUGUUUUGCAAUGAUAAGGUAGCAACACUGUGAAGACAAUCAUGGGAUCUAAUAAUACUCCAAGAACAAAUGAAAAUGUUGUUCACAUCAUGAUGAUGAUGAUGAUGAUGAUGACGAUGACGAUGACGACGGCAGUAUAUCCACGCAAAAGAAUCCUAGGCGGAUCAAGGAAAACCAGAAAAAGAUGUUUUGAGAAACAAGAGAGGAUUUUUUUUUACCCACGAGGAUCUCCUAUUUUUGCCCCAAUUGG